CAACAACACACAAACACAACCAAACCAAGCGUGUUCUCGUUCGUGCGUUUCAGCAUCAAACACCAUCAUCACCACUAUCAUCAUCAUCCAUGGUGGCCAAUGCUCCUUCACUCUCCAUCACCUCUCUGAUUUGAAAACCACCAAACGAUGUCGUUCAGGGACUCAAGGACGAGGCUCGCCGUUCUCUGCUCCCAUUUCACCCCGACCCGCUUGCAUUCGGAUCCCCCAUGUUCCCCGCUCUCGGCUUCUCUCUGUUCCGCUGCUGAACCACGAUUGCCUGAUUCCCACAACCACCAAAAGGGUUGCGUUUUCUGCAACAUUGUCCGUGGUCAAUCACCUGCUUUGAAGCUCUAUGAAGAUGACAUGUGCCUGUGCAUAUUGGAUACAAAUCCGCUGAGUCAUGGGCACUCUCUUAUUAUCCCAAAAUCUCAUUUUCCUUCACUGGAUGCCACUCCUCCAUCAGUUGUAGCUGCAAUGUGUUCAAAAGUUCCCUUCAUUAGCAAUGCAAUCAUGAAGGCUACUGGCUGCAUUUCAUGUGAUGUUUGGAAUUCUGCAGAUUCAUUCAACCUGUUAAUUAACAACGGUGCAGCUGCUGGCCAAGUAAUAUAUCAUACUCAUAUCCACAUAAUUCCUCGUAAAGCAUUCGAUUGCUUGUGGGCUUCUGAGAGCUUGCUAAGGCGUCCCCUUAAUUUAGAUGAUGACAAAGUUUCUCAGCUGGCAGCUCGUAUUCAGGAACAGUUGUUGCUAUCAGACUCUUGCCAUGAUAGCAAGAAUGAAGAUUUUUGUUCAAGUAAAAGUUAGUUGGGUUUUUUUGUCUGUUGUAACUUGAAAGCUCAUAUUUUUCAUUUAGGGAAAUGUUAUAUGUACAUAAUAAUUUAACAUAACCCUCAAAUUUAAUAAAACCGUUGGGAUUUUGUUAACGUAGCUUUAAUCCCAGUUCCUCAGUUAUUGAAUGUGAGGGCUAUGCAAAUAUUUGUUAUGUGCAUGUAUCAUUAUUUCUGUCAUGUAUUUGCCUAGUUGUGCAGUUAUUUUUUAUUUUUAAAAAGAGGGAUUUGCUUGAAGAAAAUUGUAUAAAUAUAUGUUAACACUUCACACUCUUACGCUCACAAUCGUGAUAUCCCAAAUUUGUGCUUUCCUCUACACUGACACAGCUAUAAAUCUAUUUCUAUUUGUCUUUUGAUGUGUAA